AGUCGCCCUGGAGCUCCCGCAGUUGCCACGGGCCCCCUCGCGCUUGUCUGUUUCCGAAGUGGGUGUGUGUGCGCGGGUCUGACAACUGCUCGCGCCGGUGGUUCCCAGGGACUUCCUCCCCCUGGUUCAUCUCCCUUCCCUCCCCGCCCCCCUCGUUUCUCCUCCCAGGCCCAAGGCUGAGGGCUCCAGUGGAGCCACUGAGUCGUCUUUGAACCACUAGUGAACUAGGGGCUACACUCGCAGCCCGGCUCCGGCGCCCCGCCGCCAGCCGGACAGUACCUGCAUCUUGAGCAGUUGGGAGUUGGCUUCUGUUUCCCGUUAGCGCUUCGCUGCACGGACAAAUGCAGACAAAUGCAUUUAGGAACCCACAGGAAACAGCGUGCAAAGUUCUCCCCCAAGGCAAAAACGAAACUGCUUCUUUUUAUUGUGCUAUGUGUGGCAGGGGAUACUACUGUUCAUGCACAAGAACAAGGCAUAGAUAUUCUUCACCAACUAGGCCUUGGAGGCAAAGAUGGAAGAAUUUCAUUAUCAGUGACUGCUGUACCAUCAUCAUCUUCUUCACCAUUUCCUCAGGGGGUCCACUUAACAGAAUCAGGUGUCAUUUUAACAGAUGAUGCUUACAUUGAGUCACCUCUCAUGAAGAUUUUACCAGUCAACUUAAGAUACCCAUUGACAAUACUAGUUGGGUUACGAUCACAUGGAGUAAACAAUGCAUUUCUCUUCAGCAUUAGAAAUAAAAAUAGACUGCAAUUAGGAGUCCAGUUAUUACCUAAAAAAGUAGUGGUAUACCUUGGAGGAAAGCAGUCUGUCUCUUUCAACUAUAGUGUUCACGAUGAGCGAUGGCACUCAUUUGCCAUCACUAUUAGAAGCCAAGCUGUCUCAAUGUUUGUUGAGUGUGGAAAAAAAUAUUUUAGUAGAGAGACUCUUUCAGAAGUUCUGAUAUUUGAUUCUAAGAGUGUGUUUACUUUGGGAAGUAUGAAUAAUAAUUCCAUCCGAUUUGAAGGAAUAAUAUGUCAGUUGGAUAUUAUUCCUUCUGCAGAAGCUUCUUCAAACUAUUGCAGCCAUGUGAAACAGCAUUGUGACCCCAAUUCAAGUGUUCUUCAUACCACUAAUCGACCAGCCAAGGUACCAGAAAGCUCUCCCCUUCCUAAGAAGUUUGUUGGAAAAGUACUGUCAGAGUAUACAUUUACCCAAAGUAAAAAUAUUUCAAAUAUAAGUAGUGAUUCUACAACACUUCCUAAGCAAAAAGAACACCAGGUAUCAAAAUUUACACUAACCUCUCUUCAUUCAAGGAAUAUUUCUGCCAUGGAUGUUGUGAACCAUGGGAUUCAGGCCAAAGAAAUGAUCACUGAGAAAUAUUCUCAGAAAAACUUAAGCUUCUCAAGGAUACCUCCGUACUUCAGUGAGUCACGGACAAAUAGCAAGGAGAAAUUUAAUUCUGUCUUAAAUGUAUCAGACAAUAUUACACAAUACAAUGACAGAGUAACUAGAUUGUCAUCAUUUAAGAAGAUACCAUCAAUUGUUCCACAUAUAAAACAAGAUGUCACAAAUAAUCUCAAGAAAGCCAUCACAGCAAAUCUCCAUACUAAUGAACUCAUGGAAAUGCAACAGAUUUUCAACACAACCUUAUACAGAGUGACAGAUGAACCAUCUGUGGAUAAUCACCUUGAUAUAAGGAAGGAAGGCGAACUUGAUCCAGAUGCAAUUUAUCCUAUUGAAAAUAGCUACGACAAUGAGCUUUAUGACUAUUAUUAUUAUUAUGAGGAUCUUAAUUCAAUGCUUGAGAUGAAGAAUCUGAGAGGGCCAAAAGGAGACACUGGACAUCCCGGUCCACCUGGUCCAGCAGGUAUUCCUGGUCCAUCAGGGAAGAGGGGUCCAAGGGGUAUACCAGGACCACAUGGAAAUCCUGGAUUACCUGGAUUACCUGGUCCAAAGGGCUCCAAAGGAGAUCCAGGACUUUCCCCAGGUCAAGCUCUUUCUGGAGGAAAGGGUGAUCAAGGUCAUUCUGGAUUAAUGGGGCCCCCUGGUAUGCCAGGUGAUAAGGGUCUCAAAGGACAUCCAGGGCUUCCAGGACUCCGUGGUGAACAGGGAAUUCCAGGACUUGCUGGUAAUAUUGGUUCACGUGGCUACCCUGGCAGGCAGGGUUUAGCUGGACCAGAGGGUAAUCCAGGACCUAAAGGUGUACGAGGUUUCAUUGGUCCUCCCGGAGAAGUUGGGCAACUGGGACCUGAAGGAGAAAGGGGCGUUUCUGGGGUACGUGGAAAAAAAGGCCUUAAAGGAAGACAGGGUUUUCCAGGUGACUUUGGAGAAAGAGGUCCUGCUGGUCCUGAUGGCAGUCCUGGACUUGUAGGGAGCAUUGGUCCUCCUGGGUUCCCUGGUCUCCGAGGUGAUAUUGGUGCUGUUGGACCAAUUGGACCUUCUGGAAUUCCUGGGCCAAUGGGUCUCUCAGGGAGUAAGGGCCUACCUGGAAUCAAAGGUGAUAAGGGAGAACAAGGAAUUGCAGGGGAGCCCGGAGAACUAGGGUAUCCCGGAGAUAAGGGUGCUGUUGGUUUUCCAGGACUGCCAGGGAUGAGAGGAAAGCAAGGACCUUCAGGUCAGGCAGGUGAUCCAGGACCUCAUGGACCAUCUGGGCCUCCAGGACCAGAGGGCUUCCCAGGAGAUAUUGGGAUUCCUGGACAAAAUGGCCCUGAAGGAUCAAAGGGUGUCCUUGGCAGUAGAGGGCCUCCUGGGCCUCCUGGCAUGAAGGGAACUCAGGGAGAAGAAGGACCAACUGGACCCUUUGGAGAAAUUGGAUCAAGAGGGAAACCAGGUCAAAAGGGAUAUGGGGGUGAACCAGGACCAGAAGGCUUAAAGGGAGAAGUAGGCGAUCAAGGAAACAUUGGAAAGAUUGGUGAAAUAGGACCUAUUGGUUUACCUGGAGAAGUUGGGUUAACUGGAAACAGUGGUGAAAAGGGAGAUCGGGGAAGCCCAGGCCCCGUAGGUCCUCAGGGGGAAAAGGGUGUUAUGGGCUACCCAGGUCCCCCUGGAGUUCCAGGACCCAUUGGUCCACAGGGAUUACCAGGUCAUGUGGGAACAAGAGGACCGCCUGGGAGUCAAGGUCCUAAAGGACGAAGAGGACCAAGAGGACUGGAUGGUCUCUCAGGGGAACAAGGCGUACAAGGUGCCAAGGGUGAACAAGGAGAUCAAGGAAAAAGAGGGCCUACUGGUCUUAUUGGUAAGACUGGGCAUCCUGGAGAGAGAGGAGCUCAAGGGAAACCAGGAUUGCAAGGAGUCCCUGGGAGUACAGGAGACAGGGGACUUGCAGGAGAACCAGGGCCACGAGGACCUCAAGGUGAUGUUGGGCCUCCUGGAGAAAUGGGUACUGAGGGACCUUCAGGCAUUGAGGGAGAAUCUGGUAUACAAGGCGAGCCAGGUGCUAAGGGAGAUAUUGGACCAACAGGCACUAUUGGAGGUUCUGGGGAACCAGGGUUACGGGGUGAACCAGGAGCUCCUGGAGAAGAAGGUCUUCAAGGAAAAGAUGGAAUAAAGGGGGCUCCAGGAGAAAAGGGACUUCCUGGAGAGGAUGGAGAAAAAGGAGAGAUGGGCUCACAAGGGAUUACAGGGCCCGUGGGUUCACCAGGUCUGAUGGGCCCUCUGGGACCCGAAGGAAUUGUGGGAGUUCCAGGGCUAAGAGGUCGUCCAGGAAAAAAGGGCGACAAAGGGCAAAUAGGGCCCACAGGAGAAAUUGGAAGCAGAGGCGCUCCUGGACAAAUUGGGGAGAGUGGUCCUAAGGGUGCCAGAGGAACUAGAGGUGCUGUGGGACACUUAGGAGUGAUGGGACCUGAUGGGGAACCAGGAAUCCCAGGAUAUAGGGGUCAUCAAGGCCAACCAGGACUUUCUGGCUUGCCUGGACCAAAAGGAGAAAAGGGCUAUCCAGGAGAAGAUAACACAGUCCUGGGACCACCUGGGCCUCGAGGUGAACCAGGUCCUUUGGGGGAUCGAGGAGAGCGAGGAGAGCCUGGUGAUGAAGGAUACAAGGGUCAUGUGGGUGUACCAGGACCCAGAGGUACCACUGGACAACAAGGCCCCCCAGGAGAGCCAGGUGAACAAGGUGAACAAGGACUGAAAGGAGAAAGAGGAUCUGAAGGUCCUUUGGGGAAAAAAGGAGAUCCUGGGCCUUCUGGAAAACCUGGGAUUCCUGGACUUCCAGGCCCACCUGGGAUGAAGGGCUUGCAAGGAUUUCAUGGAGCAGAUGGCACUGCAGGAAAUCCUGGAAAAGCGGGGCUGUCGGGAAAACAGGGUCUUACUGGCAUCAAGGGUAUUCCUGGGAGAACAGGACUGACCGGAUCUCCAGGUCCUCGAGGAGCAAAGGGUCCAACAGGUCUACCAGGAAGCCCAGGAGUUCAAGGCCCAAAGGGUGAACAAGGCCUACCAGGUCAACCUGGAAUUCAAGGUAAAAGGGGUCUUAAAGGUUCACAAGGUGAUCAAGGACCGUGUGGAGAACGUGGUGUAAAGGGACAGCCUGGAGAAGAUGGGGUUCAAGGUUUGACAGGUUUCCAAGGAUUCCCAGGUCCUAAAGGGCCUGAGGGAGAUGCCGGACCCGUCGGAAUAUCAGGUCCUAAAGGUCCUGCUGGACAAAGAGGAAACACUGGCCCCAUUGGCAGAGAAGGCAUAAUAGGCCCAACAGGUAGAACUGGACCAAGAGGUGAAAGGGGCUUUAGAGGUGAAACUGGUCCUCAAGGACCAAGAGGUCAACCAGGACUUCCAGGUCCACCGGGAGCACCAGGUCCAAGAAAACAAAUGGAUAUAAAUGCUGCUAUUCAGGACUUGAUUGAAUCACACACUGCCCUACAGAUGGAGAGCUACCAGAAUACUGAAGUAACUUUAAUUGACCACAAUGCAGAGAUAUUCAAAACCCUGCACUACCUUAGCAAUUUAUUGCACAGCAUCAAGAAUCCUCUUGGCACACGAGAUAACCCAGCACGAAUCUGCAAAGAUUUGCUUAACUGUGAACGCAAAGUAUCAGAUGGAAAAUACUGGAUUGAUCCAAAUCUUGGCUGCCCCUCAGAUGCCAUUGAGGUUUUUUGCAAUUUUAGUGCUGGUGGUCAGACAUGUUUAUCUCCUGUUUCUGUGACAAAGUUGGAAUUUGGCAUUGGGAAAGUCCAGAUGAACUUCCUUCACUUACUCAGCUCUGAAGCCACCCAUAUCAUCACCAUUCACUGUCUGAACACUCCAGUGUGGGCAAAUGCCCAGACAAGUGGUGUGGGAUUGUCCGUUGGUUUCAAGGGAUGGAACGGCCAUGUGUUUGAAGAAAACAAUCUACUUGAAUUGAAAGUUCUUUCCAAUGACUGCAAGAUUCAAGAUGGCAGCUGGCAUAAGGCAAAAUUUCUUUUUCACACCCAGGACCCUAAUCAACUUCCAAUAAUUGAAGUACAAAAACUUUCUCAUCUCAAAACUCAACAGAAAUACUUCUUUGAAAGCAGUUCUGUUUGUUUUCUCUAAAGGCUCUGAAUUAGUUCAGAUUUCGUGUUAUUCGCAGGUAAUUACUGCAGAAGGAAAAAUAUAGACAGAAAGAUAAUAUCAUGAAAUACAUGGAAUGGAGCAUUGGGUAAUUCAUAAAGAAUCUCAGGAAGAAAAGAUUUCCUCCUAAGAAGGAGAAAAGGCAUUUUUAAAGGACUAUGAUCAAAAAAAGUAUUUAAUUCUUUUAAAAUUUAUGUUGUUAUGAGCUCUCUUGGAGAAUUCCAUAGACUGAAAACUUAGAAGCAUGGAAUUCUUCAGGUAGCCUAUGUUUUUUUGACUGUCUGAGAGUAAAGACCCUUUAGACAGCUGGAGAUGCAGAGCACUGUGAAGCAAUACUGGUUAAUGCUCCCAAAUGUGCAAUGCUUCUGUCUAAAAAAUUACAAGCCACAAUCUAAUGUCUUUUUUUCCCAAAUACUAAGCUGUAUUCAGGUCCCCCGUGGGCAUGUACAUCUUAGCCGGUGGUACACUACCUCUUACGUGUUGCCUAUUUGUGUUGCUUGGUGCUCUUUCUACAACAAGGUGCUUAUGGCUUUCAUAAACCACUUGUGGCUUUUAUUUUAUUUUUUCAUGUUUGUCAAUCUUUAAGAGUAUAUGUACUGGUUACAUCAAGAUAUGUUCUGGUUGUUAGUACUAAUUUUAAUGCUUGUUCACAUACUUAAUAACAAGUAAAACAUUAUUUAUAUAAAGUCCUUAUUCUCUUUCAUAAUUUUCUUUGUGGAUGUGGAAUAAAAACCACCACACUGCAUCCUGUACUUAGGCACAAGAGAAUUGGGAGGUUUCUUGAGCUUUGUUUUAUUUUUUAAAUUGUUGUAAAAAAAUAUUAUAGGCCGGCUACAUCUAGUAGUGGGUAUGGGUUAGAAUUUGCAGUUGUGAUAUACUGUUUUUAAAAAAUCAUGAUCAUCUGGAAUGAUACUUUGUGUAUAUAUAUAUUUUGUAAAGUUUUAAUUCAGCAUGUCCUUUGAAAUUGCUGCUGUUUUAAAUUAUAAAAUCUUUAUUCUCUGCUUUAUAGAAAUUAUGUGUUUGUUAGUCAAUGAUUUAUCUUUGCUGUUCUUAAAUUUUAUAUUAGGACCUAAAAGCAAUUUUUAACAUCCAGGAAAACAACACAGUCUUUUGCCUUUUAAACUAGUUUUAGUUCAGUCUUUUCCUUGUUGUCAAGGAACUGUUAAUAUUAAAAGAAACAUAGAAUACCUUUUGGUAUAUAGAAAAACUUGUACAACCAUUAAAAACAUAUCUUUUACCACAGCAAAACACUUACCUAUCUAUAAUAAAAAUGAACUAUGAAUCUUU